UCAUUCUACAUAGAAUAGAAUACGAUUUUACCCUAAAAAGGCGAUUAAUGGCGUCGAAUUUCACGUAGUUCUCUUGAUUUCGUGUCGUGAAGUUAUUUAAUUAGCUGUUGUGUGUUCAUAUUGGUGUUGUUCAAGGAUAACAUCAACAAAUCAAUUGUUGCCAUCAAAAGGUUGAAGAAUGUCAGACGAGGAACAGGUGGUCUCGGAGACGCAGGUGCUCACGGCAGAGUUUAAAGAUGGUCAACUCGAAAUCGUGGAGGUGACUCCAUUUGACAAUAAUGAGACUAACACAGUGGAAACUAUCCUCCCCGAUAUGGCCACCAUAUCUGAGAGCAGUGAAGACCAGGAACCUAAGUACGAGAUCCUCACGGACUCCUCCCGGAGUCUGAUGCACCUAGACCUCUUAAACCUGACCCUUGUCAAGUGUGGCGACGGCGAGGAGUCAUACCGUUUAGUGACCAAUCAGGAGGCAGAAGGAGAGCUGGGGGAGACGGUCACAUGUGUUCUGCAGUCCAGUGAUGGCGAGGGGGAAGACGCGCAAAACGCCUACGUCGGCAAAAAGCAAGUAUACUUAACCAGAGAAGAUCAAGACGAAUACGUCAUGGUCAACGGCGAGGGCGGGCCGGUCGUCAUACUCAAAUCAUCGCUAGAGGGCGUUGAGGAGACUGAGACGCCACCGGCGAAGACUGAGAAACCAGUUAAGAAGCAACUAACAGCUGUGGAGUUAUUAGAAAAAGCGAAAGCCCUUCAAAAGGCCAAGGCACAAAUGGUAACCCAAAAACGUGGUCGCAAGCGCCGCGGCGCCCUACCCCCGCCGCACGAGCUGUUAUCGUCUCCCAACUUUAAGCUGUUCCUGUAUUCAUGCAAGCUGUGCGCUUUCAAGUGUAACGCCAUCAAGGAGCUGACGGCACAUAAGGCGGCGGAGCACGGGCCGGGGGGCGCGCGGCUGAAGGGCGCGCGGGCGGCGGCCACCACGCUGCAGUGCGCGCGCUGCCCCUUCCGCGGCGGCUCGCACUCGCAGUUAAUGAAACACGUGCAGGAGCAACAUUUAAAAGACACAAAUGCGGAAGUAUACCUGAAUUCAGCGGAAGCGGAAGCAGCGGAUGUCCUGGUCUGUGGCGCGUGCGGGUUCGAGUCCGCGUCGAGGCCCGAAUUCCGGCGCCAUAUUGAAGACAAACAUAACGUUAACGUCAGUUGAGACCUCUAACUAUUGUUACUGCUCUUAUCAACGUUCUCGGAAACGGCUCUAACGAUUUCGAUGAAAUUUGCUAUAUGGGGGUUGGGGGGGGGGCGAUAAAUCGAUCUAGCUAGGUCUUAUCUCUGGGAAAACGCGCAUUUUUAAGUUUUUAUGUUUUCCGAGCAAAGCUCAGAUAGUGUUAGCAAUGUUAGGAUCAGACCGGGGAGUGUAAGGCACUGGUCCCACCGCGAGCUAGUAAGCUAUGAGCUAUCGGCUAUAAACACGAACAAAAGAUAAGCACUCCCGUGUAAAUAAAAGAGACACGGCGAUAUUUAUAGUUACUCGCCCAGAGGUGAGCUAUAUAGCCGAUAGCUCAUAGCUUACUAGCUCGCGGUGGGACCAGUGCCUAUAUUUCAUUUUAUAGCGUGACGUGAUGUACGCGUUUGCGUUAAGUGUAAUUUUGUAUGGAAUUUAGAGUUUCUAAAACUGCCCGCUUGGCGCGGUGUUCAAAAUUCCAUACAAAAAUAGACAUAACGCAAACGCAACUAUCGCUCUUGCACAUUCGAGCGAUAAAGAAAUUUCGUAUAUCGCGGUAGGGCCUCUGAUCCCCAGCUAGGCCUUAUUUAGCAAUACAAGCUGAUGACUGUAUCGUAUUAGGAAAUUAAUGUUAUGUAAAUUUAAUUAGGAAAAUAAAUUAUACAAUUA